AUGGACGCGGGCGGCGGGCCCGGGCCCGGGCCCGGGUCCGAAACCGUCGCGAGGGAGGACCUCGCGGACGCGAAGCGACGGCUCCUCGCGCUCGCUGGCCCGAACGCGGAGACGUACUGGUCCACCCUGAGCGCGUUCCUGCAGAAGCAGAUCGCGAAGACGGAGCUGGACGCGCGCGUGCCCGCGCUUCUCCAAGGCUCGCGCGACGCCGUGCGGCUUCACGACGCGUUCCUUCGAGGGAUCUACUCCACCGCGGUGAGCAAGUCGCGGGCGCUCGCGCGGCAGCAGGCCGCGGCGAUGGCGCAGCAGCAGCAGCAGCAGCAGCAGCAGGGAGGAGGAGGAGGAGGAGGAGGAGGAAACGGUGGCGGCGGCGGCGGGGAGGCGGCGAGGUUGAGCAGUCACGGAGAACAGAUCUCUGAUCAGAUGUACCUCACGCCGACGCAGCCGGGUCAGGGGAUGGGACCGGGGACGAUCGCGAGCCUCACGCCCGCGCAGCGUCAGUACCUCGCGCAGCAGCAGCAGCAGCAGCAGCACGCGAUGAUGCAGCAACAGCAGCAGCAGCUAGAGCAGCUGCGGCGGCGCGGCGGCGACGCGGAGAGCGGGCCGGAGAGCGCCGCGCUCGCGGCGCGAAGAGCGAGGGACGCCGCGCUGGAGAUGCAGAGACGGCAGCAGUUGCAGCAGUACCAACAGCAGCAGCACGCGCAACAGCAACAGUUUCAACGCCACCCGGACUGGGCGCCGCCGCGGUGGAUCGAGGCGACGCCGGGCGCGACGGCGCCGGCGGCGGCGCCGGGGCCGAAGAAGAAGGGCCGCCCCGUGGGGAGCGGGAAGAAAGCGAAAGCGGCGGCGGCGGCGGCGGCGGCGGCGGCGGCCCAGCAGCAGCAGCAGCAGCAGCAACAACAACAACAACAACAGCAACUCCUCGCGCUGCAGCGGAUGCAACAACAGAUGAACCUGCAACGUCUGCAGCAACACUGGGCGGCGUUGGGCGGCGCCGACGCGCAGACGAGCGCGCCGCAGCCUCAUCCGCCGCACGGGACCGCGGGGCCGUCCGGCGGGUUGACGCGAGCGCAGUUCCAGGCGUCGCCGCCGGCGCGGCAACGCGAGUUGGCGCUCGAGCAAGAGCGCCGACGCCAGCUGUACCAAGCGCAACACGCGACGGCGAUGCAGCAGCAGCAGCAGCAGCAGCAACAGCAGCAGCAGCGCGCGCACGCGGAGCUGGAGCUGUCGCUCGCGCGGCAGAAGCGGGAGCGGGAGCAGCAGCAGCUGGACCACCGCGCCGCGCUCGGCGGCGAGGCGACCGCGGCGGCGGCGAACAAAAAAAGUCGACGGAGUCAUCAUCACCCGUUCGCCCUCGACGGGGCCCCCGGGACGGAGGGCGUCGACGCGAGCGCGCGCGUCGCGUUCGUCUCCCCGAGCGUCGUGACCUUAGGCGACGACGUGAGAGGCGGGAUGACGGGGGAAGGCGGCGCGCGCGUCGACAUCGCGGCGCCGCGGCCGUCGCUGGACGCGUUGUACCGCGAGAUGGACGUCGACGACGAGUGGUGGGACGAGAUGUUGAAGACGAGCGGCGAGCGCCGCGCGGGGCCCGGGGAAACGGGCGACGACGACGACGACGUCAUCGAGACCCUGGAGAAGGACGACGACGACGGCGAUGACGGCGGCGACCGCGGAGGCGACGCCGCGUCGCCCGGGUCGGACCAGACCGCGGUGACGGUGGCGGCGGCGGCGGCGUUCGCGCCCGCGGGGGGAAAGCCGUUCGCGCGCGCGGCGACGCGACGCGUCGCGCGCGCCGCCCCCGCGCCGCCGCCGCCGCUGAUCGGGAUAUCCGCCCCUCGCGCGCGCGCGCUCGUCGGCGUUGUCGCGACGAGCGCGGACCUGGCGGCGUCGUGCACGCCGGCGGGUAACGCUCUCGGUGAGAGCGUUUCGAAUCUCCCGAGGGACGCGGUCGUCGCGGACGAGGACGUCUUGGCGCGGUCGAUGCGCGUCGUCGCGCGCGAUUCGAUGCUCGAGGAUGUCGACCCGGCGUGCGUGCGCGCUAUGGCGCACGCGGUGAGGGAGUACCUGACGCGGACGGUGAGGAAGAUCGUCGCGAAGAGGGACGAGCGGCUGGCGGCCGCGGAGGGGAACGAAGGGAGUGUCGGACGCACGAGCGCGUCGGACGCGUCGGACGCGUCGCGAGCGAAGGAUGAAUCCUUGGACGAGAUGGAACGUCGGAUGCUCGCGCGCGGGGGUAAUAAACGCGUGGGCGUGGAGGACUUAGUCGCCGCGACCGCGGAUGAACCGGACGCGCUCGGACGGCGCGAUCGGCUCGCGUUUCUCGCCGCGGAGGAAGGCGUGACGCGCGCGCGGUUGGGCCGCGGUCGCGAACGGCGGGAGGACGAUUCGUGA